AUGCCGCCCGUCACCAGAUUUGGCGCGGAAUCCCGCGCAGGAGUUCCCAGGGAUCUAUUUGCCUUUCAGAGGCAGAGCGAUGAGCUCGAAAGCAGAUUCCGGCAGUUGAAACGGAGAUACGACCAGGCAAAAGCCGCUGGACGAGCUGGACCACGCCGACGUCAACCCAAUCGAGUGCAGUACGGACGAAUCACCAAGGCCUGCGAGGCAUUCUUCCAGAAGAGCCGACCAAAAGGAAUGACGAACCCGGGAACCUGGUGUUAUCAAAUUUCCGUUCUCCAAUGUCUCUUGCAUCUGCCCGAGUAUUGCGCUCUCCUCCAAUGCAUACACAAAGAUUGUCCCGACGCAGGCGCAGACUGUGCAGCUUGCGAAGUGAAAGAGAUGGCUCGAGACUACUGGAGUGCUGGGACGACUGAAUCGAUCUCUCUUGUCCAUGGAAAGCUCAACAACGCUCUCAUACAGAUGUUUCCAGCCAACGACACCCGCUUAGGCAUGGCUUUGCAUUACGACGAACACUGUUGUCCUUUUGAUUUCUGGCAGAUUGCAGUGCCCGAGCAAUUCCGCGGUGGACCAAUGGUCAGGGGAUCCUACCCAGUAAAUGAAGACGCUUCUGCCGUGAACAAAGCCUUUCAAGUUGUCCGGAGCAACUAUCGGGACUGCCAAUUCUGUCAUCGCGUUACAGAGAGAGAGCCACAACCGUGCGAUGGGCUUCAAUUCAGUCUCGAAUACAGAGAUGGUCGGCCUCGGCCCCAAGUCCUGAUCGAUCGUAUACAGUCCGACUUCAAUGACUCAACCACUCGUCCGCCAUGUGGGUGUGCUGGUGCUCGAGACAACAAUGUGGAGGAGCAGCAAGAUGUCUGGCGCUUGAGGACCUGUCCGCAGAUUCUUGUGCUCCGACUCAAUCGAUUCGUGAUGGAGGACUGGGACAAAGGCGGCGAGCAACGCAAAAUUGAUGACGAAGUCGAGUAUGAUGAACAUCUCGACCUCAGCCAAUUCGCGGAAAACAACAACGAGACGAUCCGGUAUCGGCUGGAUGGCGUUGUCUCCCAGCGAGGCGAUGUGGAAGGUGGACAUUACAUAUCGCAUAUUCGGAAACCCAACGGCACUGGGUUCCUGGAGUUUGACGAUAGCCAGGUGAUUUCUAUAACAGAUGGUACUAUCCAGGAUCUUCGACACCCAUGGAAGCUCGAGGACAAUGAAGGCUUCACGCCCUACGUACUGGUGUACAGCAGGGUUUGA